UAGUGUACACAUCCGGGGUUAUCUUGACCACGCCUCAGCCGCCAAGUAGUUUAAGUUAACGUCAUGGUUCCCCUGGCAACAGAGCCUGGCAGCUGCUGCUGACCCAAGAAGCAUGGUCAGAAAGAUGUUAAUCCACUCAGCCUGAGCGAGGGCCACAAAACCACCUGAGGAAAAAACAUGGGCCUCUUGUCCAUUCUCCGGAGACUGAAGCGGUCUCCAGAGCAGGAGGUGCGUUUGCUGCUGUUAGGACUGGACAACGCUGGCAAGACCACCCUGCUAAAACAGCUGGCAGCCGAAGAUAUCAGCCACAUCACCCCCACACAAGGCUUUAAUAUAAAGAGUGUGCAGUCUUCUGGCUUCAAGUUGAACGUUUGGGACAUCGGAGGUCAGCGCAACAUUCGUCCGUACUGGAGGAAUUAUUUUGAGAACACAGACGUGCUGAUCUAUGUGAUUGACAGCUCAGACAGAAAAAGAUUUGAAGAGACGAGUCUGGAGCUCUCUGAGCUGCUGGAGGAGGAAAAACUCGCCACCGUGCCACUGCUAAUAUUUGCCAACAAGCAGGACCUGAUGACGGCCAGUCCUGCGUCUGAGCUUGCAGAAAGUCUUCACCUGCACACGAUCCGGGAUCGCAUGUGGCAGGUGCAAGCCUGCUCUGCAGUCACCGCUGAGGGAGUGCAGGAUGGCAUGACCUGGGUUUGCAGAAAUAUAAAAUUUCGGAAGAAAUAAUUCAAGAAGAAUUGCGCUUUACUCAGAAGAAGUCCAAAGAAUGACACUUCAUUUCACUUUCAUAAGUAUUGAUUCAUUCAUAAUUCAUAAUUGUUGAAACACUUAUUCUAUACACCACAAACUUCUUCUGCUGCAUAACUAAGGUCCCUAUGUCAUAUAUCUUUAAAUGUAUAUACUGUAUAUAGGCUGUUUAAUUCAAUUUAAAAAGGCAGUUUGUGCA